GUAAAACCCCAACCCGAAUCGGAGUCGAAAGGGGGCCCCCAAAGAGUCUUCGAACUCAGAACGGCGAAGCCACAGCAUUCCGCCGCGUUGAGAUGGCGCUCACCGAGCUCGACGAUGGCACGGUGCGCAGCAUGUCAAUCGGAGCUGUCUUCUCUGACUUCGUUGGGAAGAUAAAUUCUCUGGAUUUUCAUCGCAAGGAAGAUUUGCUGGUAACGGCGAGCGAGGAUGAUUCAGUCCGACUCUACGAUAUUGCGAAUGCCAGGUUACUCAAGACCACAUUUCAUAAAAAGCAUGGUGCUGAUCGUAUAUGCUUUACCCACCACCCAAGCUCUGUUAUAUGCUCCUCAAGAUACAAUUUAGAUACUACUGGAGAGUCAUUGCGAUACCUAUCAAUGUAUGACAACCGAUGUCUUCGCUACUUCAAAGGACACAAAGAGAGGGUCGUUUCUCUCUGCAUGUCCCCAAUCAAUGACAGCUUCAUGUCAGGUUCUCUCGACCACAGUGUCAGGAUAUGGGAUCUUCGUGUAAAUGCUUGCCAGGGGAUUCUUCGCUUACGUGGCAGGCCUACCGUCGCUUAUGACCAACAAGGUCUUGUGUUUGCUGUGGCAAUGGAAGGAGGUGCUAUUAAGUUGUUUGAUUCACGUUCCUACGACAAGGGACCCUUCGAUACCUUCUUAGUUGGUGGAGAUAUGGCUGAGGUCUUUGAUAUCAAAUUUAGUAACGAUGGCAAAUCUAUGCUCUUGACCACUACAAAUAACAAUAUAUAUGUUCUUGAUGCAUAUGGAGGAGAGAAGCAAUGUGGGUUCAGCUUGGAACCAUCGCCCAACACAACCAUAGAGGCUACCUUUACCCCAGAUGGUCAGUACGUCGUAUCAGGCUCGGGAGAUGGAACCUUGCAUGCGUGGAACAUUAACAAGCGUGCUGAGGUUGCAAGCUGGAACAGUCACAUAGGCGUUGCCUAUUGCUUGAAAUGGGCUCCUCGCCGAGUCAUGUUUGUUGCUGCAUCCACUGUACUUACGUUCUGGAUCCCCAACACUUCCAAGUCUACAGGCGAGUCGGGUAUGGAAUUCAAUUCUCAUUCUCAAGCCGAACAUAUAUCUCAAUGAAAGCCAUUCGUACACGCUCUCUUCUUUGGAUUAUCAAACAACCAACUGAACUCUUACAAACCUUAGUUUACGUAGGUCAUCUACAGUUUAUGUACUUGACUUGUUUUUAAGUUAAAAUAUAAAUUUUGCUUUCUAGUUUGAUA